AUCGAUUGGAAUAUUUAUAUUUUGGCGCAAAUUCUCCAACCGGCGGAUGUGCAGCCGGCGAGAUCGCGCGUGACGUCACUUCCUCCGGGUGGGGGAAUGUUUGUUCCUGAGGGAGUGAACAGCCCCUGCCCCCCACUCCCCUCUCCAAACUAAAUAAACACAUUAACUUCGAACAGGGACUGGCAAUGUGGGUAAAGCCCGCGGAGGCAGAGUGCGGCCCACUGCUCGGGAGUGCUGGCAAUUGCUCCUAUGGCGCUGAGAGAGUACAAGGUGCCCAGAGUUGGUGGGGAUCGAGCACAGAGGGCUGUCUACCUGGUACACAGAGCAUCAGAGUAUAGAUAACAGCCAGCAACACGGUGCAUGAUGAUUCCAGUAACGGAAUUGCGAUAUUUUGCUGAUACUCAGCCUGCAUACCGCAUUUUGAAGCCAUGGUGGGACGUGUUUACGGACUACAUCUCCAUCGUAAUGCUAAUGAUAGCAGUAUUUGGUGGCACACUGCAGGUCACGCAAGACAAAAUGAUCUGCUUACCUUGCAAGUGGGUUGCAAAUGAUACAUGUCUUGAACCCUUUGAUUACCCAAAUGCAACACUCCCAUCAUCUUCAGUCAUUCCCCCGUUUUCCAGUGAACCCACAGGUAUCCAGUAUGACUUGGACCGCCACCAGUACAACUACGUGGAUGCAGUAUGCUAUGAGAAUAAACUUCAUUGGUUUGCAAAAUAUUUUCCCUACCUUGUACUUCUACACACGCUGGUGUUCUUAGUAUGUAGCAAUUUCUGGUUCAAAUAUCCUCGAACCAGCUCAAAGCUGGAACACUUUGUAUCCAUCCUUCUGAAAUGUUUUGACUCACCAUGGACAACACGGGCACUAUCUGAAACUGUGGCAGAGGAAAGUGACCCAAAGCAGUCUUUUGCUAAAAUGAAUGGUUCAAUGGCAAAGAAAUCCUCUACGGUGAGUGAGGAUGUGGAGGCCAGUGUACCCAUGCUGCAAAGAACGAAAUCCCGCAUUGAGCAGGGAAUAGUCGAUCACUCGGAAACCGGUGUAUUGGAUAAGAAGGAGGGAGAGCAAGCUAAAGCUCUGUUUGAAAAAGUAAAGAAAUUCCGCACCCAUGUAGAGGAAGGGGAUAUAGUUUACCAGCUCUAUAUGAGACAGACUAUUAUCAAAGUAAUCAAAUUUGCUCUUAUUAUUAGUUACUCACUUUAUUAUGUUGAUGAUAUAAAAUUUGAUGUGUCCUGUAUAGUAAACAUUCAGAACCUCACAGGAUACAAUGUGUAUCAAUGCGCUCAUCCAUUAGCUACACUGUUCAAGAUCCUUGCAUCCUUUUACAUUAGUUUAGUGAUUGUCUAUGGACUUAUUUGCAUGUACACACUCUGGUGGAUGGUACGCCUUUCUUUGAAAAAGUAUUCAUUCGAGUCAAUUCGAGAGGAGAGUAGCUACAGUGAUAUUCCUGAUGUCAAGAAUGAUUUUGCUUUUAUGUUGCAUCUUAUUGAUCAGUAUGAUCCAUUGUACUCCAAACGUUUUGCUGUCUUUCUGUCUGAAGUCAGUGAGAACAAAUUACGACAGCUCAAUCUGAAUAAUGAAUGGACCCUAGAAAAACUCCGCCAGAGGAUCAUGAAAAACUCUCAGGACAAACUGGAACUCCACCUCUUCAUGCUGAGUGGAAUCCCAGACACCAUCUUUGACCUGACUGAACUGGAAGUGCUCAAAUUGGAGAUGAUCUUGGAUGUCACCAUUCCUCCAAUCAUUGCCCAACUUACUAACCUCAAAGAACUCUGGUUGUACCACACGCCAGCAAAGAUUGAGGCACCAGCUCUUGCCUUCUUACGAGAGCAUCUGAAGUCACUACAUAUCAAGUUUACAGACAUCAAAGAGAUUCCUCUAUGGAUCUACAGCCUGAAGAACCUCGAAGAGCUUCACCUAACUGGGAACCUGAGUGCAGAGAACAAUCGCUACAUCGUGAUUGAUGGCUUACGGGAACUCAAAUGCCUCAAAGUUUUGAGGUUGAAGAGCAACCUAACAAAGUUGCCACAGGUUGUCACAGAUGUUGGAGUCCAUCUGCAGAAAUUGUCUAUCAACAAUGAGGGCACCAAGCUUAUGGUCCUCAAUAGCCUGAAGAAGAUGGUUAAUCUGACAGAAUUGGAGUUAAUCCGUUGUGAUCUGGAACGAAUCCCACACUCCAUCUUCAGUCUCCAUAACUUACAGGAGAUCGAUCUCAAAGACAACAACUUGAAGACAAUCGAGGAAAUUAUCAGUUUCCAGCACCUACGGCGCCUAGUCUGCCUUAAGCUGUGGUAUAACCACAUUGCCUAUAUCCCCAUUCAGGUUGGCACUUUGACCAACAUGGAAAGGCUCUACCUGAACCGGAACAAAAUUGAAAAGAUUCCUGCUCAGCUGUUCUAUUGUCGCAAGUUGCGGUACUUAGAUUUGAGUCAUAAUAACCUGACAUCUAUACCACAGGACAUCGGGUUCCUUCAGAAUCUGCAGUAUUUUGCUGUCACUGCAAACCGGAUUGAAACCCUGCCACCUGAACUGUUUCAAUGUCGUAAGCUCCGAACUCUAAACCUAGGGAAUAACUGCCUGAUAUCACUGCCAUCACGGGUCGGUGAACUGACGAGUUUAACACAGCUGGAGCUUCGAGGAAACAGAUUGGAGUGUCUCCCUGUGGAACUGGGAGAAUGCCGACUGCUGAAACGAAGUGGCCUCGUGGUGGAGGAUGAUCUCUUCAAUACACUCCCAUCUGAGGUUAAGGAGCAACUGUGGCGAGCAGACAAGGAACAAGCCUGAAUUUUAUCAAUAUUGUAAGGGGGAAAUACAUAUUGCCAAGUUUUCAGCGGAUUUUGAGGCCUGCUGUACUGGAAUGAUUGAGCAGAUUUUCUAUUGGAAAUAAGCAGGAAAUAUAUCUUGUUUUCUGUUCCGGGAACUGGUGCUGUCCAAGUGGAGCAGAGCAAUUGACAAAAAGGAAUGCCUGCCAGUAACUAAAAGAAUCAUUUAAAGAAGUAGCUGGGUUAAAUAUCUUAACACAAUUAGUAUUUCUGCUUUAAUGAAUCACAAAAAGCUAAUACGUUCAUAGCCAUGGCCUGUCAAAAGACCGAAUUUGCCAAUGCCUUGUUAUUUAUUAAUUAAGCUGGUACGGUAUGAGGGACCGGUACUGUAGCUGCCCCAAAGAGGCAGUACAACCUUUGCAUGAUACUUUUUUUUAGAAAAAGAAGUCCCUUUUUGAUCAUCUUAGGCCAAAUAAAAUGCUAAUUUUUCAUCAAGCUGAUUUUUUUUUUAAGCAUGGUGACUGAACUGAAUUCUCAAUUUCACAUCCUUGCCAUCAAUCCCUUCCAAAUAGAACAAAUCACUACUCAAUACUCUUGAGUUUUGCUGACAAAAGAUUUGAGGAGAGGAGUUUUCAUAACCGCUCUUUUGCAGAUAUAUGCAAUAUUCUGAGAGGAGUGAGUAUUGAACUUUAGGGACUGUUUGGUCAGGUUUUUUAAUAAAAACUGUUAAAUAGCGAAAGGUUAGUUUUUUUUUAAGGUUCAAUUUAAUUAAGUUGUUGGGGCACUUCCCUUCAUUUAAAAAUACUGAGGAAAUAAAGCCUAUUUUCCAUGACAUGUAACUGUGCCUCAAAAAUACUUCAAAUUACAAAACUUAGGAUAAGGUAUAAACAUGAGAAAUGUUCCUUUACUCAUAUUUGAGGGAAGAGACCAGUUCGUUUCUAACUUUUAUUGUAAAUCAUAAGCCAUUUAACUUUGGGUAAUGUGACACAGGUUCAGUACCUAGUUUGUGCUUAACACUGAUUUCAACAGCUUAUGUAAGGAAAUGGGUAGGGGGUGGGAAGUGGGAUUGCGGUGCAGAAUGCACUGUUGGAAGGGCAGAAGUGGUGAAAUGGAGCUGAGGGUUCCCACUCCUGUUUACUCUUCAGUGACCCCUGCUGGAAAUGCAUUUGUGUGAAUGGAAUCAGGCUUGGUUGGGAUACUUCUACAGACAUCGAGCCUGCAAUGAUUGUCAAGGUUAGCCUGCUUUGAUUGUCAAGGUUCACAGAGGAACAAAGGGUAUUUGGAGAUGACAUCCAGAAACCGUUGUACCCCAGCACUUGAACAGUGGAAAUUUGAAAUGGAAAUGUUCACUUAAGGAACUUAUAAAUAUUUUUCUGUGUAAAAUAUUUCCCUCAUCCAUAGUGUUUUGUAUCUUUUAUAUUCUGUAUAUGCUCCAGUGGUUAACUUUUGUAACAGCAAUGUAUUGAACCUACAUGCUGCACUGUGGCUGUUGCCCAUGAGAAUUGCCCUUACUAUCUGAUUUCUUACCAUUCCAACUUUUAAUCCUGUAAUGUUUUUCUUCUGUGCCAUUUCUCUUUUAAAUCAGGUUCUGUUUUUUAGUGUCCUGGUUUUGCUGCCAUACUUUUACAUAGAUCAGACAUCUGUUGGCUUUCCUGCUCAUUAUCUGUCACCCUUGCACUUCUCUACACUUUGCCCUCAUCCCGCCAGAACCUGAACAAUCAAAUGACUUUAAAAAAACAAAUAGGCAAUAUGAAAAAGAUCAAUUAAAGAUGAAGAUCAGAGUGAGAAAAGGGCAGAAGUAGUAUUGAGAAGCAAGUAGGGAUUUCAAAGGCAUGUAGGGAAAGGAAUAAUUUUUCUUCAAAAAAUUCAUAAUCAGUCAGUAAAGUGAGAGCAGUUUGGGUGGGAUCCAUAUAAACGUCCUGAAAUACUGUUCAGCCAUUUGUGAUUUUCCAGUAUUUUCUGUUCCUUUUGCAAACAUUCACACAAUUUUCUUAUUUCCAAUUCCUUGUGAUUAUGUGAGUUCUAUGCUGGCUGGUACAUGGAUAAUAUGUGGAUUAUAAGAAUACUGUGUGGCAUAAUUUUUGGAAGAAAUGGCAUUUCGAACAGUGGUGGCCCUGGAUCAGCCUGCCUGUCAUCUAAGGUACCUAGUUUCAAAUCCAACCAGAAAUGAUCGGACCAAAGUGUCUUCCAUCUGCUUGCCCUUUGGACAGUUUCCAGUAGACUUGGGCUGUCUGCACAAAAUUACGUACAUUUAAUUGCAUACUAAUUGCCAAUGUCACAUUGAUAGGCAUGGGUUGAAAAAAAAUUCACACCGUCGAAGUCAUACUGUUCUAACAAGGCUGGGGCAAACUAGAGGGAACUUUGAUUUAUCAAGAUAUGCCUGAUUGCAGCAGCUUGAUACUGAUGCAAAGAUCCCUCAAUCAGGGUAAAGGAAAGGCAGAUUUUCAUUGUUGGCUCUGUUUUAAUGGUUUCUUAAGAAACUGUAAAUGCUAAGUUUCUAUUUUUGUUAAUGCUCAAAUUACUGAAAAUGUUGCAAUUAUCCCAUUUACUCACUCAAGAAAGAAAUAAUUAUUGCAGUGUGCUUUUAAUGAGAUUGGCCUGCUUUGUACCCAAGUUGGAUGCUGUAGAAGAUUUAAUUAUUUCUUAAUUGUCAUUGAUGCUAAGACUUCAGUUCUGUGUCCUCAGGGGUCAUAAAGCCUCAAACUAGUAGCAACACUUUUCUCAGGUUUGUUAUUUUGAUUGUUGAAUUCUUACAUGUGUAAGUGACUGUAAUUAUACUAGUUUGCUUACACAUUUAUUCAAAGCAGUAGAAAGUAUUACCUAAUGCCGUGAAAUAGGCUUUAUUCACAAUUUUCAUGUUGAAAGCCUACUUUUAUUUCUCUUUAAAUGUAACCAGAAAUGUUGUUAAUUUCAUGUCUUAACAGCCCUAUUUUAAAGCUGCAGUGUUUUUCAAUGGUCAGCAUCUCAAUCGAAAUGUCAUAAGAUAUCUCAAUAAUAAACCCAUCCAUUUGGAAUUUACCUCUUGUCAGAACAGUAAAAUCUGACAUUUUUACCUAGAGCAGUUGAAUUGCUAGGAAUAAAUUACAAAAUUAUUCAUAUUCUGUUGUAUUGUAAUUAUUUGUGUGUUUUAUUUGGACAAUUAUUCAAAUACAAUUGGAAAGGGAUUUAAUUGGUCUCUUGCAUGUGCUUUAGUAUUGAUUUUUCUUGAUGAUCUUCUUUGUUUCUUUCCCAUACCUCUCUCUCUCUUCCCCACCCACUUCUUUCUUCCCUCUCUUUCUUCAUCCCCAUUUGUUUGCAUAUGCACAAAAACAAAUAGUAAACAAUAUUUAUAUAUUGUGUCUUUUUUUAAAAGAAAACAUCAGUGAGGAUUACUAAUUAAUGCUAAAAUGACUUUCUGACCUUUUUGGCUCCCAGAUCGAAGUAUAAAGAAACUUUACAUUGAGUUUAUACUUUUUAAAAUGAAAACGUGGGUCUGCUAUAUGUUCCUAAAUUUAACAUGAUGAAGAAUUAAAAGAUGAAUUCCGACUAUUCCACACUAAUCUUACAAAUAAGUUUGUUAAUUACCUGUCCAUUGCCAUUGAAAAUGAAUGAAUAAGCAUCAAGAAUGUACAAAAUAUGCAAUUUCAGAAUAGAUAUAUUACAAAUAUGUAUUAUAAAUACCUAUGUAAAUCUGUGUGUAAAUUAUAAAGUUGUAUAAAGUUAUGCAUAAAUCAUUCUAUGUAAAUGUGAUUUUCACUGUAAUCUUUUCUCCUUCUAGCAUCUGUAGACUCACCAUUUACCUUAGUGAUGUAUUUUACUGCACAUUACUGCUGUUCUGACUUUUAAUGUCUUUGUUGCUGAUGUUGCUUGCCUCCACACAUAGUCACUUAGCAGGCAACAUGACUAAGUUGACUCGCCUACUCCUCCCACCUAUCUCUGCAGUCAAUAAUAUUUGGAAAAAUGUCAUUGACCUACAGAUAACCAAGAAUGUUAAGAUUCUAAAUACAUGGUCAAUUAUGGAGAAUUCACUCCACAAGGAAGAGAGCUUGUAUUUAUCUGAUGUCUCAGCAUCUCUUUAAAAUGUCUAAAGAAGCUUUAUAACUGUUGGAACAGUAAUUCAAUUAAAGUGAAACGAAUACAGAAGCCAAUUUGUGCACAGUAUGGAUGUCCAGAUAAUGAGUGGAACUUGCAAUUUCAUGGGAGGGCCCGAGAUUAUCAAUUGACCAUAAUAUACCAUUCUUACUUUUUCCUCCUGUUGACUUCAUAGAAUUAUGUAAAAUUAGUUAUAAAUCUUUAUAUGUUUCUACAAUCACUGCACCAUCAUUUGACUGUCCCUCCAGUUUACCGGUUAUUGAUACAUAUUACUGCACAUCGUCACAGCCGUAUCUUCUGACAUUUAAUUUGGUGGGAGGGAAGAUGUUGGCUAAAUAAAGGAAAACUCCAUAUUUUUUAAAA